AUGGCCCUCCACCUCCUCCUGUCCCUUUCCCUUUCUCACCCUCUUUUUUCACUCUUAUUCGCUUUCGGUCAAUUUCACUCCCUUGUUAUCAUUCUUGAUCUCUUUCAUUCUCUCUCGUUUUAUGAUUUUUACUCUCCAUUCUUUCUCUUUAUCACUCUUGACACUUUCUUUAUUUUUCUCUCUCUUCUUAUUACUCUUAUUCCAUUUCUAUUUCCUUCUCUCUUUUUCAUAAUCUUUAACCUCUCUUCCUCUCUUUUUUUAUCACUCACGCUUCUUUCUUUCUUUUUCUCUCUCUCUCUCUUCUUAUCACUCUUAUUCCAUUUCUAUUUCUUUCUCUCUCUUUUUCAUCAUUUUUAUCCAAUCACUCCCUCUCUCUUCUUAUCAUUCAUGCUUCUUUCUUUCUUUUUCUCUCUCUCUUCUUAUCACUCUUAUUCUAUUUCUAUUUCUUUCUCUCUCUUUUCAUCAUUUUUAUCCAAUCACUCCCUCUCUCUUCUUAUCAUUCAUGCUUCUUUCUUUCUUUUUCUCUCUCUUCUUAUCACUCUUAUUCCAUUUCUAUUUCUUUCUCUCUUUUUCAUCAUUUUAUCCAAUCACUCCCUCUCUCUUCUUAUCAUUCAAGCUUCUUUCUUUCUUUUUUCUCUUCUUCUUAUCACUCUUAUUCUAUUUCUAAUUCUUUCUCUCUCUUUUCAUCAUUUUUAUCCAAUCACUCCCUCUCUCUUCUUAUCAUUCAUGCUUCUUUCUUUCUUUUUCUCUCUCUCUUCUUAUCACUCUUAUUCUAUUUCUAUUUCUUUCUCUCUCUUUUUCAUCAUUUUUAUCCAAUCACUCCCUCUCUCUUCUUAUCAUUCAUGCUUCUUUCUUUCUUUUUCUCUCUCUCUUCUUAUCACUCUUAUUCUAUUUUUAAUUCUUUCUCUCUCUUUUCAUCAUUUUUUAUCCAAUCACUCCCUCUCUCUUUUUAUCAAUCUUAUCUCAUUUCUUUCUUUCUCUCUCUCUCUCUCUUCUUAUCACUCUUAUUCCAUUUCUAAUUCUUUCUCUCUCUUUUCAUCAUUUUUUAUCCAAUCACUCCCUCUCUCUUUUUAUCAAUCUUAUCUCAUUUCUUUCUUUCUCUCUCUCUCUCUUCUCAUCACUCAUAUUCCAUUUCUAUUUCUUUCUCUCACUUUUCAUCAUUUUUAUCCAAUCACUCCCUCUCUCUUCUUAUCACCCAUGCUUCUUUCUUUUUUUUUCUCUCUCUCUCUUCUUAUCACUCAUAUUCCAUUUCUAUUUCUUUCCAUCUUUCUAUUGUUCUGCUGCUGA